AUGUUAGCAGCUUCCUAUUGGUCCCUGCUGGCUCCAGCAGUUGAGAUGGCCAUGUCCUCUGGAGGCUUUGGUGCCUUUGCCUUCUUUCCUGUGGCUGUUGGCUUCACUCUCGGAGCUGCUUUUGUCUACUUGGCUGACUUGCUGAUGCCCCACCUGGGUGCAGCAGAAGACCCUCAGACAGCCUUGGCACUGAACCUCGACCCUCAGCUGGUGAAGAAGAAGUCUGAUCCCGAGGGUCCUGCGCUGCUCUUCCCCGCGAGUGAACUUUCCAUCCGGAUAGACAAGAGUGAGAAUGGCGAGGCGUAUCAGAGGAGGAGGGUGACCGGCCUCCCAGGGGACCCUGUUCCCCCCGUGCCUUCCCGAGGGAACCCCGUGCAGCCUGAAGGCGGCAGCUGGAGAAGGAUCGCUCUGCUCAUCCUGGCCAUCACCAUCCACAAUGUUCCAGAGGGCCUUGCUGUUGGAGUUGGAUUUGGGGCCAUAGAAAAGACUGCAUCUGCCACCUUUGAGAGUGCCAGGAAUUUAGCCAUUGGAAUCGGGAUCCAGAAUUUCCCGGAGGGCCUUGCCGUCAGCCUGCCCUUGCGAGGGGCUGGCCUCUCCACCUGGAGAGCCUUCUGGUACGGGCAGCUAAGCGGCAUGGUGGAGCCUCUGGCCGGCAUCUUUGGUGCCUUCGCGGUGGUGCUUGCUGAGCCCAUCCUGCCCUACGCUCUGGCCUUUGCUGCUGGGGCCAUGGUCUACGUGGUCAUGGACGACAUCAUCCCAGAAGCCCAGACCAGUGGUAAUGGAAAACUGGCAUCCUGGGCCUCCAUCCUGGGAUUUGUGGUGAUGAUGUCCCUGGAUGUUGGCCUGGGCUAGUGCUGAGAUGCUUCAGACCCCAGGAAAGGCAGCACGUGGAACAGGAGUAAUUGGCUUCCGUGGAACCACAAACCUCUUUCUUCACAUUAAAACAUUCCUCUUUUCUUUCCUCUUCAUCCCAUUAUCCUGAUUGACUAGGAUUUUAAUAUGACUCUGUUUAUUUUUCUUUUGAGGGGAUUUUGGUUUUAUUUGGGAUUUCAAGGUGUGAAACUACAGAUUUUUUUUUUGGCUACUGUAUGGACUCUUUCUUCAUCGAGAGUAUCAAAGACAUACAGAUCAGGGAAAUCUCUGCCUUCAAACCUUCAGUGUCCCUUGCUAGACUCAACAGCAACUCUUCGAACGCUACCAGCAGAAGCAAGCAACCAAGACCCGUCUCCUAUGCUCCUUUUGCCCAAUGACUCAGAGCAGAAUGGCCAGGCCGUCUCUUUUCUGUCCUACUUGAUCCUUCACUUCUUGUCCUCUGCUUAUUUAGACCAGAACUGGAAGAUCAUGGUCAUAGCAAAAUACUUUCCAAGGUCCACUCAGCCCAAGAAGCAACAUACUUUCCUCAGUUUCCCCAGAGUGACACAAAGAGUGAAAUUGGCUAGUCUCUCUUUUUAAGGCAAAGAUUGAUAUUAUUGAAGUGAAUGGUAUUAAGACAACUAAACACACAGUAAGCCCUGUGAAAAGAAGACAGAGUGUAGCUUAGAUCACCGACCUCGGCUCUCUUUGGGUGGUAAAGUGGAUUCCAAGAGCAACAUGAUUGGUUAUGGUUUCCCAGUCCUCUAGGUAUUUAAUUUAAUAAGUUUAUAGCCUUAAUUUCUACAAGAGGUUUGGGAACACCAGUAAACUGGUCUCACUCAAACCCUUCAUUCUACUAUGGAGGAAGCCACUGUAAUGAGACAUUUAGAAUCUGCUGUGGGUCAUUCUGUGUUGACCAUUUGGUAGCUUGUAACCCGACCCAGAACUCUGAAGCUGCAGUAGGCUUUGCUAGAGUUUGGCCAGAGAGCUUAGGCUGGGAAAGGAGGAAGAGGUAGGAAAAUAAGUGAUAUUUUUACAUUUCCCUUUUAAAGUAAAUUUUAGCCAAGCUAUCAUUCUGAAAUGACCCUAAAGAAGGGCUUGAACUAGACUGGAAGCCAACCUGCUCUUUCAGACACAUAGCUUCUGUCCGCUUCAAACACAGCUAAGGCCUGCCAUCCUCAUGGGUCAAAGGAGAUAUGGGACCUUGAGUGGACUCCACUGAGAGGCAGGUAGCCAAGAGCCAGGUAUGCAGACAUUGUGUUGGCAAUGCCUGCCCUCCACAUUUACAUGUUCAUUUGCUUCCAAAGGUGAAUCUCCUGCUCUGUACACGUUCAAAGACCCUAAGGGCCAACCUUGUGCCUGGGUCUAUGUAUGUUCUUCUGAAGCACUGGUGAUCAAAAUCAAAAGCCCAUUCUGAGAUUUGAUUGGUUGAGAUUAAUUGGUUUGGUGGGUGGUGUGUGUGUAUGUUUUAUUUUUAUGUCUUUGUACGUAGUUCUACCUAAUGCAAAUUGUUCUUUUUGAUGGACAAGACCUCAUAACUGUGAUUAACGUCAAUAAAGGGGAUAUUGUUGUGAAUGACCUGGACUGUGUUGAAUUCUUCUCAAAGCCACUUCUUUACAGGGAUGAUAAUACAAGAGUUAACUAAAGUUAGUACUAACAUCACCCCUCCCCAGCAUCAGUAGCAGCAAAGGAAAGAGCUCAGAUGAGAAGGGCUAUUCAAUUCUUGGUUGCAAACAACAGCAUCCAACUCCAGCUUAUUUAAAGAGAAAAGGGAUUCAAUGGAAGCUAUAGGGGAGCUCAUAGGAUCUA